AUGCCACCGUCUGGCCUCGUGCGAUGCAAGAGUUGGGUCGGCAUCACGGAACAGGAAUUCAUGAAGUGCGAGAGGCUGCUGGUGGUGUGGCUUGUGGCUCUUGUGCCGUCUCAGUGUCAGAAUGUCCUCAAAACUGAUGGUCGGGCGCUCCUUCCUCGUCGCCUGGCAGGGCGCCCAGAUGUCUGCAACCCCGCGGUCCACCAUCGCGCCUUCCGCCCGCCACCAAGAGUCCAAUGUGCAGAUGGCUUGGGACGUGAACUGCUUCGCAGAGUCUCGAAGGCUUCGUCUUCGUCAACCACGUACACCACCCUCGGGAGCACGCGACCUCUCGCUUCGCCCAGCCAGAGGUCCUGCGCGCAACAUUAUCUCACAGCCGCACUACGCCGCUAUCCCGGCGCCGGAUUGGACGAUUGGCAGCAGUCCUGGCCAUCUGGCGCGCGGGGCUAG